GUGCAGUUUUUCCUUUUUUUAAAUUUAAAAUGUUUGUUUAAUUAACAGAACCGUUGCUUCCUUCCGUUUUUAGGAUGUGGUGUUCUUUUUCUCAAACAUAGAGGACAGUUUUUGGGAUAUAAAUUAAAUUUGUGCUUUAUUGUUUUCUACCAUUCUCUCCCUCACCCCUUACUGCACCGAUGACCUUCUAUCCUACUUCCUCUGCCCUGGCUGAUGGGUGAUUAUGGUAUAGAGACAUUUUUAUGUCAGGUCAAUGUUGAGAAACAGAAGACAGACAGACGAGUUUAAUACACUUUGCCUGCUGUCUUACACCAUAGCAAUCAAGACGUAGUGUAGGUAGACAAGAGACAAAGGCAAGCAGAGAACAGAAAUACUCUAAUGGUUUAGCUGGAAGUUAUAAAGUGACAGACUUGACCCUCCAUUGAUUUACUACAAACUGACACAUUAUAGUGGUGAGUUAAAAGGUUUUUGACACUUGUUGGCUUAGAAAGAAGUCUGUUGUAUUUCUUCCUUCAUAUGCCUGGUGGAAAACAACCAGCUUGCUUCAAUGGAGAACUGCAGCAGCAAAAGAACUAAUUGUAGAGGCCGCCGUUACCUCAGCAUCAACUGGGAGAUAGCCUAGCCUAGCCUAGCCUAGCCUAGCCUUAGCUCAGCUCAGCUCAGCACAGCCCUGCUAGCUAGUCCGUGACUCCUCCUACCCCAUCCCUCUUCUCCUGCAUCCCCACAGUACCCCUUCUCUCCACAUCUAACUUUCCCAAGCGAGUUGCCAUGGCAUCCGUGCGCUUCACCGUGACGCCCACCAAGGCCGAGGACCUCCCAGGGCUGUCCGACACGUCGCCCGACCUCAGCUCCCGCUCAGGGGCCCGAGUACGCUUCGGCUCCAGGGAGAGCGUCAACCGGAGUGACCCGCUCAGCGAGACGUCGGGAGGCGUGACGACUGUCGCCACGGCAGCAGGAGGAGGAGCUGAGACGCCGGAGCACAGCAGCACAGAGCAAGGUGAUGGAAAUUCCAAAAUCUCCAGCGUGUACAUCAACAACACUCAUGGGGUGGAUGAUGACGACUUCUACGACAGAAACUUGGCCUUGUUUGAGGAGGAGAUGGACACUCGGCCGAAGGUGUCGUCUCUUCUUAGUCGUCUGGCCAACUACACCAACCUGACACAGGGCGCCAAGGAGCACGAAGAGGCCGAGAGCAUCGGGGAGAAGAAGAAGGCCAGCAAGUCGCCACAGAUGGGGACGUUCAUGGGCGUCUACCUGCCGUGUCUGCAGAACAUCUUCGGUGUCAUUUUGUUCCUGCGGUUGACCUGGGUGGUGGGAACUGCUGGGAUCCUGCAGGCCCUGUGUAUCGUCUUCAUCUGCUGCUGCUGUACGAUGCUGACUGCGAUAUCGAUGAGCGCCAUCGCCACUAACGGAGUCGUACCAGCGGGAGGCUCCUACUUCAUGAUCAGCCGCUCUCUGGGUCCAGAGUUCGGGGGAGCGGUGGGGCUUUGCUUCUACUUGGGCACCACCUUCGCUGGAGCCUUGUACAUCCUGGGAGCCGUUGAGAUCCUUGUGGUCUACAUUGCACCCAAGGCAGCCAUUUUCGAAGGCGAAGGGGCAGCCAUGUUGAACAACAUGCGGAUCUACGGCACCAUCUUCCUCCUCUUGAUGUCCUUGCUAGUGUUUGUGGGCGUUAAGUACGUCAACAAACUGGCCUCCAUCUUCUUGGCCUGCGUCAUUGUCUCCAUCAUUUCCAUUUAUGUUGGCGCAUUGGUCUCUGCUUUCAAAGAGCCACAUUUUCCUGUGUGCAUGCUGGGAAACAGAACUAUCAACAGCCAUGAUGUUGCCGACGACCAGUGUAGGAAAACUGUCAUGGUGCAGAUGACGGACACAACGGAGACCAACCUCACAGCUGCUUCUGAAAACAGCACAAUGGGUCCAACCCUUUUCCCCACCCAGACCCCAGCUAUGAUGGAGAAGACCACAUUUCUUUGGAAGCAUUUCUGCCAGGGCCCAGAACUCAACGCCUCCUGUGACGAAUACUUCAAGGCCAACAAUUUUACAGAGAUUACAGGGAUCCCUGGUCUGGCCAGUGGGAUCAUUGCAGAGAACCUGUGGAGCUCCUACCUCAGCAAAGGGGAUGUGUUGGAGAAACGCUCCCUCAGCUCCUCUCACAUUUCUCAUCCGACCUCCGCCCAUCAUCCGUACGUGUUCUCCGACAUCACCACCUCCUUCACGCUCCUCGUGGGCAUCUUCUUCCCGUCCGUCACAGGAAUCAUGGCUGGUUCCAACCGGUCGGGGGACUUAAAAGAUGCUCAGCGCUCCAUCCCCAUCGGAACCAUCCUGGCCAUCCUCACCACCUCUCUCGUCUACCUGAGCAACGUUGUGUUGUUUGGAGCCUGCAUCGAGGGAGUGGUCCUCAGAGACAAGUUUGGAGAUUCGGUUAAAGGUAACCUGGUGGUGGGGACUCUGGCCUGGCCCUCUCCAUGGGUCAUUGUGAUUGGCUCCUUCUUCUCAACAUGCGGCGCUGGCCUCCAAUCGCUGACCGGCGCUCCCCGACUCCUGCAGGCCAUCGCCAAGGACAACAUCAUCCCUUUCCUCCGGGUGUUUGGUCAUGGGAAAGCUAACGGGGAGCCCACCUGGGCCCUGCUGCUGACGGCUCUGAUAGCCGAGCUGGGGAUUCUCAUCGCCUCUCUGGACCUGGUGGCCCCCAUCCUGACCAUGUUCUUCCUGAUGUGUUACCUGUUUGUGAAUCUGGCCUGUGCCCUCCAGACCCUCCUGAGGACGCCCAACUGGAGGCCACGCUUCUCCUACUACCACUGGACCUUGUCAUUUUUGGGGAUGACUAUUUGCCUGGCGCUCAUGUUCAUAUCCUCUUGGUACUACGCAAUUGUUGCCAUGGUGAUCGCCGGCAUGAUCUACAAGUACAUAGAGUAUCACGGAGCAGAGAAAGAGUGGGGGGAUGGGAUCCGAGGUCUGUCACUCAGCGCUGCCCGUUAUGCUCUGCUGAGACUGGAGGAAGGACCACCACACACCAAAAACUGGAGGCCCCAAGUGUUGGUGUUACUAAAGCUGGACGAAGACGCCCAUGUCAAGUCUCCUCGCCUGCUGACGUUUGCCAGCCAGCUGAAGGCGGGAAAGGGCCUGACCAUCGUCGGCACCGUCGUCUCCGGCAACUUCCUCCAAAGCUACGGGGAAGCUCUCGCUGCCGAACAGACUCUGAAGCACCUGAUGGAUAAGGAGCGAGUGAAGGGUUUCUGUCAGUGCAUCGUCGCCCAGAAGCCCCGCGAAGGCAUCAGUCACAUGAUCCAGUCGAGUGGCCUCGGAGGAAUGAAACCCAACACGGUGGUGAUGGGCUGGCCUCACGCCUGGAGACAGAGCGACGACCCGCAGACCUGGAAGACCUUCAUCAACACAGUGCGGGUGACCACAGCGGCCCACCUCGCCCUGCUGGUGCCCAAAAACAUCUCCCUGUUCCCCAGCAACAGCGAGCUCUGCACCGAGGGCUACAUCGAUGUCUGGUGGAUCGUCCACGACGGAGGCAUGCUCAUGCUGCUGCCUUUCCUCCUGCGUCAACACAAGGUGUGGCGUAAAUGUGCGAUGCGAAUCUUCACGGUGGCCCAGAUGGAGGAUAAUUCUAUUCAGAUGAAGAAGGACCUGGCAACCUUCCUCUAUCACCUGCGCAUCGAGGCUGAUGUGGAAGUAGUUGAGAUGCAUGACAGUGAUAUCAGCGCUUAUACCUAUGAAAGGACGCUGAUGAUGGAGCAGAGGUCUCAGAUGCUCAGACAGAUGCGACUGUCUAAAUCAGACCGGGAGAGAGAGGGAAACCCUGGUAGCAGCAGCAGUAGGCCAGAGGCAGGUGGAGCUACAAGGUCUCAGAGGGUCCGCUGGAGUUUUGACGACGUGUAUCUUUCCCCCAGGUACAGGAGUACUGGAGGCCUCCCGUCAAACAUCUCCGCAGGAGACAGAGGCAGACAGGCCCAGCUGGUGAAGGACCGGAACUCCAUGCUGCGUCUGACGAGCAUCGGGUCCGACGACGACGACGACACUGACGGCGGCGAGCGAGAUCGAGCGGCCAGCGGCGGCGGCAGCUCCGAGCACCACCGCCGCGUUCAGAUGACCUGGACCAAAGAGAAGACCUCGCAGUAUAGAGCGACACACUCCGGCUGCUCCACACCUGAAGGCUUCAGAGACAUGCUGAGCAUCAGGCCGGAUCACUCCAACGUCAGACGGAUGCACACCGCCGUCAAACUCAACGAGGUCAUCGUCAACAAAUCCCACGAUGCUCGGCUCGUCCUGCUCAACAUGCCGGGACCCCCGAGGAACCCCGAUGGAGACGAGAACUACAUGGAGUUCCUGGAGGUCCUGACAGAAGGUCUGGAGCGCGUCCUGCUGGUCAGAGGAGGAGGAAGUGAGGUCAUCACCAUCUACUCCUGAUUGGAUGAACACCAGGAAGCCACCGGGAACAAAAAAAAAAACAACAAAAAAACAAGCAGUCGGUCAUGCAGAAGUAAGCAAAGGGAGGAGGCGGAGUCUGGGAGCUCAGUGGGCGUCGGCCCAAAAAGAGAGACUGUCAUUGGCUGCAGCGUCGGUCGUCACGCCAACACCCCCCUCAGUCCCCCCCUUCCCUUUCAUCUCCACACUUUCCUGCUGUGACAGCAGUUUCUAUUAAGUCCACACGAAACGCCAACAAACGAAACACCUGAGAGAGUGUGUGUGUCUGUGUGCGUGUCUGUGUGUGUGUGUGUGUGUCUGUGUGUGUGUCUGUGUGCGUGCAUGUGUGUGUGAUUGAAGGGACCAGCCUUGUUUUAGGAGCGAUUGUGGGUUUUUUCUUUCUUUCUUUUCGUUUGUCCGCUGACUGAGAAUCCGUGUUGUGUGUGAAGCGUCCCUGAACCGAGCGUUUGUUUGUUUCUCUGACGAGACUCAGGGUUGCUCUUAGAAUGUAUUCUGGAAGCAGGUGUGAGUUGAGUAUCUCCUGAAUGUUGUUUUAGUCGUUUUUUUACAUUUCCUUUUAAUGUCAUUUUUGAAGACAUGAAAAUGUUUAUUCCAGUCUGGAAAAGUAACACUGCAUCGAAGAAAGGUCCAGUUUUAAACCUCCUCAGAGUCCAGAUGAGGUUUAGAGGAGACUCCAUAUCAGGAUGAUCUCUUUUCAUAUCCACAGUCAAGUUCAGCAAGACUCAGACUCUGGUCUCCUGUAUGGAAGCCCAUUUCUCCCACAAAACACAAAACUGACUUCUAUUUCUAACUUUGAAAAAUUACAUAUCGUUUUUUUUUUUUUUUUAUUAUUAGGUUAAAAAACCUGAAAAAUGCAGAUAGAUUUAAUUAAUGAAGUCACAACAACAAAACACUACGGGGACAUUUUAAGAGUACUACUGACCAGAAAGUCAAAAAAGUCUAAAUUAAGAUUACAAAACCCCCUAAAAAACAAAAGUCAAAAUGUACAAAUUAAAAGUCUAAUUUCGUUUUUGUUAUUAAAUAAGUUUACAUUAUGAGAUAAGUUCAUCAUUUUAUUUUAGUAGGUUUUAAUUUUUUUUCUUGGCAGGAAUGGGCUUCCAUACCUCUACAACAAAUGACAGAAAUGUCUUAGUUUCCCAAUGGCACAUAUGUUUAUCUGUUAAACGCUCUAAAGCGGCAGCAGUCUGAUGUGAAUAUUGUCGGGUGGAGAGGAGCCGUUUUUCUGCACCUCCUUCAUGGAUUUGCUGAAAGAACCAAAUGAAACGGUUGGAGUUCGGCCUGCAUGUGAAUAGUUAGUUGGUUAGUGGAGUUUGAAAAGCUGCAGAGAAGAAUUUAGGAAACAGUUUGUUCACUCUCUGGACCAUCGAAUUGUAUGAGUGUGAAAGUAUGAAUGUUGGUUCGACAUCACCGUGUUUUCAUUCCUUCUAGAGACAAACAUCAGCUCAUGUCCUCAAACUCCACACCUGGAAACACCUGCUGUGUGUGUGUGUUAUGUGUGUGUGAGUGUGUGAGAGUGUGUGAGAGUGUGUGUGAGUGUGUGAGAGCUCGUAGCUUGUUGCUGAGUUCAGGAGCUCCGUUCUGUUUGAUUCCACUCUAACGCUUUGUUCAUUUCCUCCUUUAUUUUUUACAGUGUUACCGUGCAGGGAUUGUUUUCUGUUCGUUGUUAUUUCCUAAUAUUGUUUUCUUGCUUGUACAUAAAGACAAAAAAAGAUCCCGAGUUUUAUCUUUUUUUAAUUACAUUAAUAUAAAAAGGAACCAUAAAAACUUUGCUUGAAAAAAUAUGGGAAGAAAAUAAAAGCAGUUUUGAAAGAAGCUGGAA